CCAGCCCACCUCUCCGUCGCCGCCGUGGAGCCCUGGUGGGGGUCUGUGCCCGGUCACCAUGACGACCCCGGCGAAUGCCCAGAAUGCCAGCAAAACGUGGGAACUGAGUCUGUAUGAGCUCCAUCGGACUCCGCAGACUGCCUUGGCCCUACCUUUGAACUCCCUUAUUCUUUUCAAAGCACUUUCACAUUUGGCUCAUUUAAUCCCCAAAACAGCCGGGCCAGAGAGGAAGCCAUCAUGGAUGGCACAGAGAUUGCAGUUUCCCCUCGGUCGCUGCAUUCAGAACUCAUGUGCCCCAUCUGCCUGGACAUGCUGAAGAAUACGAUGACCACCAAGGAGUGCCUCCACCGAUUCUGCUCUGACUGCAUUGUCACAGCCCUGCGGAGCGGGAACAAGGAGUGCCCUACUUGCCGCAAGAAGCUGGUAUCCAAGCGAUCUCUGCGGCCAGACCCCAACUUCGAUGCCCUGAUCUCUAAGAUCUAUCCCAGCCGGGAGGAAUACGAGGCCCACCAAGACCGGGUGCUCAUCCGCCUCAGCCGCCUGCACAACCAGCAGGCACUGAGCUCCAGCAUCGAGGAGGGGCUGCGCAUGCAGGCCAUGCACAGGGCCCAGCGUGUGAGGCGGCCGAUGCCUGGGUCAGAUCAGACCACCACGAUGAGUGGGGGGGAAGGAGAGCCUGGGGAGGGAGAAGGGGAUGGCGAGGAUGUGAGCUCAGACUCCGCCCCUGACUCUGCCCCAGGCCCUGCUCCCAAGCGACCCCGUGGAGGGGGCGCAGGGGGGAGCAGUGUAGGGACAGGGGGAGGUGGCACUGGUGGGGUGGGUGGGGGUGCCGGUUCUGAAGACUCUGGUGACCGGGGAGGGACUCUGGGAGGGGGAACCCUGGGCCCCCCAAGCCCUCCUGGGGCUCCUAGCCCCCCGGAGCCAGGUGGAGAAAUUGAGCUCGUGUUCCGGCCCCACCCCCUGCUCGUGGAGAAGGGAGAAUACUGCCAGACUAGGUAUGUGAAGACAACUGGCAAUGCCACAGUGGACCAUCUUUCCAAAUACUUGGCCCUGCGCAUCGCCCUCGAGCGGAGACAGCAGCAAGAGGCGGGGGAACCAGGAGGGCCUGGAGGGGGCGCCUCCGAUGCUGGGGGACCUGAGGGGGGUGGUGGGGAGGGUGGGGGUGCCGGAGGAGGUGACGGCCCCGAGGAGCCUGCCUUGCCCAGUCUGGAGGGUGUCAGCGAAAAGCAGUACACCAUCUACAUCGCCCCUGGGGGCGGAGCUUUCACGACACUGAAUGGCUCGCUGACCCUGGAGCUGGUGAAUGAGAAGUUCUGGAAGGUGUCCCGGCCGCUGGAGCUCUGCUAUGCUCCCACCAAGGAUCCAAAGUGACCCCACAAGGGGACAGCUAGAGGAUGGGGACCAUGGGGUGUCCCUGUGUCCUGGCCCACCACCCCAGCUUCUUUGUCCCCCAGUGCCCCCUAGCCCAGCCAGCCAGCGAGAGGACACAAAUGAGGACGAGUGGCUUUUAUACAAAGUAUCUAUAUCAGAUUCUUCUAUAUUGUACAGAGUGGGGCAUGCGCCCCCAUCUACUGCCUUUUCUAUCGCCCCCCAACCUCCCAUCUACAAGAAGUCGGGGAAGGUGAAGAACCCUCCCCUUCAUGCCCUCCUACCAACAACAACAAAUUUGCUUUUUUCCUCUUUGAAA